GUCAGAGGGGCAGCCCUAGGGCAGAGUAAGAGAAGAACCGGCCGCGGUCGUACGGGCGUCGGAGCUGCGCUCUUUCUCUCUCUGCCGGCGGCACGGUGCUUUCCGGCUGCCGUUAAGCGCGGCAGUGGGCCGGCGGGCUGGGGCGGAGGGGCUGCCAUGGCGGCGGCGAGCCGGCUGCCGGACUCUUGGGUGCUGCUGGCCCUGCUGCUUGGGAGGCUCGCGCUGCUGGGAGUCGGGCCGGUCCCGGCGCGGGCGCUGCACAACGUCACGGCCGAGCUCUUUGGGGCCGAGGCCUGGGGCACCCUGGCAGCCUUCGGAGACCUCAACUCUGACAAGCAGACGGACCUCUUCGUGCUGCGGGAAAGAAAUGACUUAAUCGUCUUUUUGGCAGACCAGAAUGCACCCUAUUUUAAACCCAAAGUAAAUGUAUCAUUGAAUAAUUACAGUGCAUUGAUAACCAGUGUAGUCCCAGGGGAUUAUGAUGGAGAUUCACAAAUGGAUGUCCUUCUGACGUAUCUUCCCAAAAAUCAUGCCAAUGGUGAAUUAGGAGCUGUUAUCUUCUGGGGACAGAAUCAAACAUUAGAUCCUAGCAAUAUGACCAUACUCAAUAGGACUUUCCAAGAUGAACCACUAAUUAUGGACUUCAAUGGUGACUUAAUUCCUGAUAUAUUUGGUAUCACAAAUGAAUCCAGCCAGCCACAGAUACUAUUAGGAAAAAAUUUAUCAUGGCAUCCUGCAUUGACCACUAGAAACAAAAUGCGAAUUCCACAUUCUCAUGCAUUCAUUGAUCUGACUGAAGAUUUUACAGCAGAUUUAUUCCUCACGACAUUGUCUGCUUCUAGUACCUUCCAGUUUGAGAUAUGGGAAAAUUUGGAUGGAAAUUUCUCUCUCAGUACUGUUCUUGAAAAACCUCAAAAUAUGAUGGUGGUGGGACAGUCAGCAUUUGCCGACUUUGAUGGAGAUGGAAACAUGGAUCACUUACUGCCAGGUUGUGAAGACAAAAACUGCCAGAAAAGUGUCAUUUACUUGGCAAGAUCUGGAGCAAAGCAGUGGAUUCCUGUCCUACAGGAUUUUAGCAGUAAGGGUACACUCUGGGGCUUUGUGCCAUUUGUACAUGAACAGCAACCAACUGAAAUACCAAUUCCAAUUACCCUUCAUAUUGGAGAUUACAACAUGGAUGGCUAUCCAGAUGCUCUUGCCAUACUGAAGAAUACAUCUGGAAGCAAUCAGCAGGCCUUUUUACUGGAGAAUGUCCCUUGUACUAACGCAAGCUGUGAGGGGGCGCAUCGUAUGUUUAAAGUCUACUGGGAGCUGAUGGACCUAAACCAAAUCAGAGAUGCGGUGGUUGCCACCUUCUUUGACAUUUACGAAGAUGGAAUCUUGGACAUUGUAGUACUAAGCAAAGGGUAUACAAAGAGUGAUUUUGCCAUCCAUACCCUAAAAAAUAACUUUGAAGCAGAUGCUUAUUUUGUUAAAGUCAUCGUUCUUAGUGGUCUCUGUUCUAAUGACUGUCCUCGUAAGAUAACACCCUUUGGAGUAAAUCAACCUGGACCUUACAUCAUGUAUACAACUGUAGAUGCAAAUGGCUAUCUCAAAAAUGGUUCAGCUGGACAGCUUAGCCAGUCAGCACAUUUAGCUCUCCAACUGCCAUAUAAUGUACUUGGCUUAGGUCGAAGUGCCAAUUUUCUUGAUCAUCUUUAUGUUGGUAUUCCACGUCCCUCUGGAGAGAAGUCUGUACGAAAACAAGAAUGGACUGCAAUCAUUCCAAAUUCUCAGCUAAUUGUCAUUCCAUAUCCUCCCAACGUUCCUCGAAGCUGGAGUGCCAAACUGUAUCUUACACCAAGCAACAUUGUUCUACUUACUGCUAUCGCUCUCAUUGGUGUCUGUGUUUUCAUCUUGGCGAUAAUUGGCAUUUUGCAUUGGCAGGAAAAGAAAGCAGACGAUAGAGAAAAACGACAAGAAGCUCAUCGAUUUCAUUUUGAUGCUAUGUGACUUGCCUUUACUACUGCAUAAUGGAACAGCUAUUCACUUGAUUAACUGAAAUGCUAAACUUGGCUUAUAGAAUAAAAUAGGAGAUUUUGACUAUUACUUAUAAAUGAUAAAUCCCUUGGUAAUUAUUGGAAAAUGUUCAAAUAAAUAUGGCCUGAAUGUGUUACAAGGUCUUUUUUUAAAGUACUUUGUUUACAAUAGUUUGGUUCUUUUUUCACUUGUGCUGUACAUUUUUUUCCCUUUGUGGAAUGUGUUGCAUGUACUCAGGUGUUUAUGUAUUUAUAAUCUUAUUAGAAUAAUGAUGGGAAAAGACGUGUAAAUAAAAAUUAUUUAAAUGA